GUGCAGGCAGCGGAGACCGGAAGAAAGAAACUUUAGUGAGAUAAAACUUUUCCAUCUUUAUAGUUACAGGUAACUAAAGUACAGGAUCCCAGGGGCCCCCGGGUUAUCAGUGGGGCCCCUGCCUCUGCUUUUCUCUUGUACAUGUGGAGCUAUGGGGAAUAUUAUUAAAAGAAAUAUGUCUUCAGAUGAGGAGGAUUCAGUUAUUUCUGAAUGUCUACAAGAUGAAACUGAGAUGGAGUUAUAUUUAGAAGAGGAAAAUCUACCAAAUUACAUCUGGACACAAGAGGAGGACAUCAAAGAUGAUGAAUACACUUUUGGAGACACAAGAGAAAAAUUCCCGCUUGAAGAUGCUGCUGAUGAAAUAAGCGACAGCUUCGAUUCUGAAUCUAACUGGUCCCAUGAACAUUAUACUGAUCAGGAUGAGAAGAUAAAAGGUAUAAGACAUGUUGAUAAAGUUCGGGCCUUCAGACUGCGUAAAAAACUAAACCAGCUGGACAGUUUUCAACAGGAGAAAGAAUUAAUGAUUCAGAAAGUCAGGGAAGAACUGAAGGCAUGUCAGGAGAGGAUUGAGCUACUGGAGCAACAAAAGUCUAGUGUGGAAACAGAUAUUCAGAAUGAACAGAAGACUUCUAACAUGGCGGCUGUGUAUCGUCUCAGAGCUCUGCACAAGCGACUGAACACCGAGCUGCUCAAUGAGGAAGAUGUGAAAACAAAGAUUGCCAACAUACUGAAUGAUAAUGAGUAUGACCUCUGGCACAUUGAAGUGGAGCAAGGAAAAUUUACCAGUGUUCGUGAAAGGCUUCAACAAGAUGAAGAAGAGUUAGACAGACAAUGCAAAGACUUGGCGGAGCAGCGUGCUCUGAGGGAGAAAAUGUCACUUACUCUGGCAGAGCGUAAAAAACACACAGAAAGAGAGCAGGAGGUUAAGCAGUUAAAGGAACAGGAACAGCAUUAUCGUAAAGCCGUGGAGGAUGCACAGAAGAAUCAUGAAAAAGCUGCUCAGUUUCUGAAGGAAACUAUGGCAAGGGUUCGUGGGAUUGAGGCUGAGAAAGAACAAAAAAGCAGAGAAGACAUGGAAAAGAGGAUGCAAGCUGUAUUGUCUUUGAAAAACAGCAUCUCUACUACCCGGGAAAACCUGCGUGUCAUUGAGUCUAGGAACAAAGCACAGGCUGCAUUGGCUAAAAGACAGGAGAUGCUGGAGAAAGAAGCUGUGCUUGCCAAAGGAGGAGAUGUCACAAAGUUUAUUGUGCGCAAGAAGAAGCUUCAAGAUUACGAAAAGAGGAAAAAAGAAUUUGAAGAGUCACAGAAAAUACGGAAGCAAGAAAUUGUUAGUCGGAUUUUACAAGAAGAAUCCAGCCAACUCAAACAAAAAAGACAGGCCUCUUUAGAAAUGAGCAAGAUCCGGGAACAUGGAAGAUCGCGAGCCAAAGCUUUGCAGUAUAUUCAGUCAGCCAUACUGACAGAGCCAGAGGACGACCAGGAAACGGCGAAUAAAUGGCGCUCUCUCUCUCCUCUUUCAUCUGAUGGGGAUGACAGCUCCUUGCCUGAGCGUUCCUCUGAUGUGACACCAGGACUUAUUCAUGGAUUUGAAGGAGAAAGUGAAAACUUGGCUCAGCCAGAGUUUAGAGGAUUGUGGACGGAAGACCUCAGACCCUACAAGGUACCAAAAGAAGACAUAGAUGCUAAGCCUGUAGGGGGCAGUAAAAUGGAAAAAGAAAUUAUGACUGAAACCCUUAGGAAACUCCGUAAUGGCGUCGUUGAGAAGCAAGUGGUCUCAGGACAUGAAUUUAAAGGCUGUCCAUUUUAUAGUAAACCAAAGACGAUUCACUUCAAGGACCUUGAUGUUGGGAAGACGUAUAAGAAAAAAAUCACAUUGACAAAUGCAACAUACACAAUUAAUUUCUGCAAGCUGGUUGGAGUAAGUGAUCAUCUGAAGGAUUUCGUCGCUAUACAAUUUGAUCCACCUGGACAAAUGUCAGCAGGAAUGUCAUGUGAAAUGGUCGUAACUUUUAAGCCAAUGAUUAAUGAAGAUCUUGAAGGGGAAGUGAUGAUGCUGGCUCAGACCGGGCCCUUCUCUGUCCCUGUCAAAUGCACAACUAAGAAGUGUGAGCUGGCCAUAGAUAAGAAAUGUAUUGAUUUUGGCACACAUGUCAUCGGAGAGACGGUGACCCACUACAUCACACUGACAAACAGAGGAGCUCUGGGGACAAGGUUUUCUGCAAAGCAAAUAACACAAGCUGAUGAUGCACAGAAGACACCUCCAGAUGUCUCCCCUGAGCACAUGGCGCCCUCAACUUCAGUUGACAACAUCUCUCUGGAUGAAUGUGCUCACAACUCUUCAGAUUUCGCAGAUCAAACCAUAGAUAUCCCACAGUCAGCUCAGUCAAACAUAGUCUAUGACAGAACCAGUCCUCAAAGGGAGGACGUCAAGAGCCCAAAGGUCCAUACAAAUGCUACAAUAGAUAAUGUUAGUGCACAAUCUGCUGUGAUUGAUGAAGAACUACAGGCAUAUACUCUAGAAGAAAUUGCUGAUAUCAAGCUGGGUGAGGGGACAGAUGGAGAGAUAGGCCCUUUUUCCUCUGUUAAAAUACCAGUGGUAUUUACUCCAACGUUUCCAGGAAAAUCAAGUUCAUUGUUUGAGAUCACCUUUGAAAACCAAAGUUGCAAAGCUAUUCCUGUGACAGCCACUGGGUCUGCUAUUGACGUUCCUGUGUAUGUUCCAAAUUGUAACAUUGACCUGAAAAUCUGCAUGUAUGAUCGCCUCUAUCAGGACAGCAUUGUUGUUAAAAACAGGAGCAACAACUGCCUUCGCUUGAAGUUUGAGGUCUGCAAAGAACUGAGGAACCACAUGGAGUUGCUUCCAAAGACGGGCUUCAUCCAAGCUCAGUCAUCUUUCAGUGUUCAGCUGAAGUUUUUACCAAGGCACUCACUCUCACAGGAUGCUGGUGCCUAUUUUGAUAAAGAGACUGGAGUAUUGGAGGCCCCGUUGACAAUAUCGGUAGUUGAUCAGAUCAAACCUGUUUGCUUCACUGUUAAUGCCGUGGUAACAACAACAGAUUUAGAAAUCAGCCCAAGAGAAGUGAAUUUUGGACACUGUACAAUCUAUGAAGCUGUUCAGGCCUCAAUUCAAUUAUCAAACAAAUCUAUUCUUCCCCAAGAAUUUGGCUUUAUGGGGAUUCCAGAGUAUGUAGAUAUCCAGCCAAAUGACGGCUUUGGAACUAUUCUUCCCUUGGAAACAAUUACACUGAAUAUAAUAUUGAAAGCGCCAAAAGCCGGAAAAUAUAAUUUUGACCUCAUUUGCAAAUCGGCUAUUAAUAGACAGUUCAAGAUCUCUUGUAAAGCCAUUGGAGUCCAUCCACCACUGGAACUAUCUCAUUCCUUGAUUCAGUUCCCAGCAACAGCUUUAAAUGACACCUCUACUGCAGCCAUAUAUGUAAUAAAUGCACAUACUAGUUGUAAUGAGUUUACUCAUCCUGUACCCAGGAUUGGCAAGGGUGAAAUAGCACCAGUGGGGCCUACUUCUUUUCAAUUCCAGUUACCUGAAGAUUCUUCCAUCACUAUAUCACCAUCAGUCGGCAUUGUAUUGCCUGGAAAGAGGUGCAUGAUCCAGGUGUCUUUUAAACCAACUCUUUUGGAUCAGGAAAUUAGAGAGGAAGCUGUGCGAAUGCUACGUCGAGCAAUUGAAACAAAAGCACUCCUAGAUAAACAAGCCGAGCCAGAGGUGGAAAGUGAAAACUCGAGCAAGAAAGAGAGAAGAGAGGUUUCUUCUAAGAAGGAUAAGAGAAAACAACUUGCCUCUCCUAAGCAGGUUCAAAAGGAGAAGUCUCUGAAGUCAGCAGAGCCUGAUCUGAUGGAGAUCCCCAAGACAGAAGAUAUCAAAAUGGACUCUGAUGAGUAUGCGGCUGCCAGAGUCUCCAUCUACCAAAGGUUUAUGAGAAAGUUUAAGAAAUUUAUAAUACCAUGCUUCAUUGCCUGCUGUGAUGUCAACAAAAGGAAAGCUGAAGAAAGUCUAAAUUUCAGCCCACACAACACCCUGUAUCUGGAGCUUCACUGUCCCGCGAUAGCACCGCCUUUAAUCGUCAGUUCUGAAAAUGCCCGCCAUCUCAUCAGCUUCGGAGAGGUUGCAAUAGGACAACGGGUAGUAAAGAGAAUAUCUUUGCAAAACAUUUCCUCUGAACCUGUGCAACCUCGUUUCUCUAUUUUAAAUUCCUGUGGUCCUUUUGUGUUACUCAAUCCAGUUGGUAUUGUAGAACCCGGAGCAAAGUGUCUUCUUCUCAUUGCCUUUUCACCCGAAGAAGACAAAACUUUCUUUGAAAAUUUGGAGGUGCGCACCCAGCAAGCAACACUGACAUUGGGAAUUACGGGACGUGGUUUAGCUCCCUCCCUGUCCUGUUCACUGGAAGCUGGAACGUUAAAUAUGGGAUAUGUUUUAGCUAAGGACAGCGCUACAUCAACAUUUAAGUUGCACAACACCUCGACAGUGCCUGUGAACUAUUCCAUCAAGCUAAGGAGCCUGUCAGUCACCCAGUAUGAGGAAAUGCAAAAACUGCCAACGUUUAUUACUGAACAGAAACUAUCACCCAGUUUUGUCGGCCCACAGAACUACAAUGGACGUAGUGUUUUCAGUGUGACUCCUGUAGAGGGCAUCAUCCAACCUGAUAUAGCACAAGACUUCACCGUGUCUUUCACUCCAGACCACGAGAGUGUGCUUUACUCGGAUAUCCUCACGGUGGAGCUCUUUGGUAAGCAUAUAGCUCACACCAUCCACUUGAAGGGAGCAGCAAAAAAUCACAUAAUGUUUGUUGAGGGUGCCGAUCCUGUAGCUGUUCCCACUGAAUCGCUCAGCAUAGUCCCAGUAAAUGAAGAAGAUUCGGAUGAACCUGUGAGAUCACUUAUUGUGAGCCUUCAGUGUACCCAGACAGAGGAUGACAUGGGACCAGCUGUCAGAGAGCUGUACAUUGGCUGCAUACGUACAUUAUUAUCUUCUGCCAAAAAGAAUAUAGAAUUUGUCUGGGACAAUGUGCAGCUCUUACAGCAGAAAGGAUUCACCAUAGAACCAGUGAAAGCUGUGGUUGAUGCCGGGCAGCGGAAAACUAUAUCUAUCACUUGGAUACCUCCUGCUGGAUAUGACCCCAGUAACCCUGCAAUGACAACAGCAAAACUGACUUUGAAAGGCGAUAUCAUUGAAACGUACCAGGUUAUAUUCACAACACAAGUCACGUUAUGAUGAAACCAGGAAACCAGAGCGUUAAGUCAUGUUGAUCUGUGGCACUUGAACUGCUGUUUAUUAAUAAAUGGAAAACUCAUGUGUAACACAAUACCUGCAAAAAUACAGCAGCGUUUGUUUUAGUAACAGGAUUACACUAAUUCCUGCUCCACCUAAUGCAUCUCGUAAAACAGUGGUGCCUGCACUGAGAGACAAUGGGGUAACACACACCUGAAUGAAGACAUGCAUAUGCUUUUCAUAAUAUGUAUUUCUAAGAUCCCUCUAUUGCACGUAUGCAAUGCUUGCAUGUUGGCAUCGAGCCCUGUAUGUCAAUCAGUCAAGCCAGGAAGAGGGGGGGUAGGGGGAGAGUGAUGGUGCAGAUCAGCACCACCUCCUAGGCACUUGAGUUUGGAAAUAAAGAAGGGUUUUACGGCCAUCGUUUAACACAUAGGCAUCAUUUGUUUGACCUAUUCACAUAUCCCCCGAUAUCUCCAGCUUAUAUACAGCUGGCAGAUUCCCUUAAAGUUUGUUCAGGUAAGUGAGCUUCUUUCCAGGCCACGUUGUUGUAACAUCUCAUCCAUAGGGUUGUCUCAUUUCAUAGUCCUUAAUGGCAAACAGUGGACUUACUGAUCGGCACAAGUUCGGCUUCUCAAACCCUCCGUCAUCACAGGUCUUUGUCAAGGAAUUAUGCAGCCUGACGUAUGUUGUUGCUGCUACGGUCUUAGCAGGGCAUAUGUAGUAUUACAGGGUAUUUAAUUGAACAUGAAAUACAAGGGCAGACUCGGUCCAUCAAAUCAAGGUCUGAAAGAAGUUCAAUACCCAUGGGGUCCAAAUGAUGACCCCCAACUGGUAAAUGGUAAAAGCCCUGAAAGUGAAUUUGAGAAAGGGUAGCUUGAAAGUGAAAACCCCUUUUAAUAAAAACUGGAUUUAAAAUCCAGAUUACAUGAAGUUUAUAUGUACAGGUUCUUCUCUGAUUACACAUCAGUCAAUAUCACUUAAAGUGUACCUGUCAUUUCAAUUGACUUUUCCGAAUAAGCAGCCCUGUAUGUGUACAUGAGGAGCAGCACUAUUUCUGGCCAUUAUAAAACUUGUGUAUGGUAUUUUUCAGAAGAUUUCUGCAGGCUUUAUCUCUAAUUUGCAGUUCUCCCAGAGCUGGUGGUGAUGGUCCCUCCUCCCACCGCCAUAGACUUGUAUUGCUUGUCUUGCAGACACAGGACAAAGCUGAGCUGAUUUUCAAAGUCAAAUGCAAUCUAAAAGAAUUUGUAGGUGGAGUGGCUCCUGUUAUACCUAUACCAAUGUAGACCUGGGCAACCCAUUAAUGACACCAAUACCCACGUGGUCAAAAAUAAUAUGAAAUAAGUACAAAAAGAA